AUGGGCAGACUCAUCAAGAACCACUGGGGGCGGCUAAUCAUUCUCACCGCAGCAGCCUACCAAGUGGCCAGCGCAAUCGAAGGCUUCAUCUGGCCCAAAGUCUUCUGGGACUUUAUCUCGAAAAACCUCAACGCCGCUGUCAACCCGAUCCCCGUCCUCCAAAUCCUCAAUCUCAUUAUGGGCCUCAUUGGCCUGGCUUGGGAAUGGCCCUUGAAACCACUGGCAGGGUCAUUAGCCCACCGCAGCAUAGAAAUUCGACUUGUUAUCUACCCGCUCAGCGCUCUACUUGCCGCCCUCCUCUACCAAGGCACAGACCCAGCAAUAUAUUAUCUUGUGGGAAUUGGGGUUUAUUUUUGGGCCUACAGUGAGGGAGAGAUUGUAUGCGCAGAGCCGUGGACAUUACCGAAGCGCUCGAGGAUAACCAAGGAAUAG